AGAGACCCCCACCUUCCACACCCUGCGGGACACGGGGCUCCCCAGCACAGCCCCCCGCCGGCCCCCCCUGCGCCCCACGGCCUUCUCAGGGUGCCUGAACUGCAGCCGUGUCGGGGAGCUGACGGCCCGGCUCGCCACCCUCGAGGCGCAGGUGGCCCGGCUGGCAGUGGCAGAGCCCCCCACCCCCGCAGAGCCCAAGGGUGGCCCCCCGGGCCGGGGGCAGCUCUGGGGGUCCCCGGCGGCCCGCGGGAGCCCCGGCGAUGACGGUAAGGUGGUGAGGGGUGACAGUGGCAGUGACGGUGGCAGUGCCACCCGGCAGCCCCGCGGCGCUGGGAGAGCCCCGGGGUGCUGUCAGUAUAUCGAUUUUGGGGGGACCCCCUCUUGGACCCCUCAUUUGGGGGGACCCCCUCGUGGACCCCUCAUUUAGAGGGACGAAGGGUGGAUGCUGUCCCGCCCCCCCCCCGUUGUCCCCAGCGGUG